AUGGAGGACGGCGCGUACCGGUGCCGCGGCCGGCGCAGCCUGGAGGGCGGCCGCUCGGCGCUGCCGGGCUCGCUGCUCUUCGCGGCCGGCCUGCUGGGCAACGUGCUGGCGCUGGGGCUGCUGUGGCGGCAGCGGGCGCGGGGCGGCGCGGGGCGCGGGGCGCGGGCGCCGGCCUUCCACCUGCUGCUCUGGGCGCUGGCCGCCACCGACCUGCUGGGCAAGUGCCUGCUGAGCCCGCUGGUGCUGGCCGCCUACGCGCGCAACCGCAGCCUGAGCGCGAUGGGGGCGGCCGGCGGGGCGGCCGGCGGCGGCGGCGGGGGGCUGUGCGCGCUCUUCGGCUGCCUGAUGGCCUUCUUCGGCCUGGCGCCCACCGCGCUGCUGCUGGCCAUGGCGCUGGAGUGCUGGCUCUCGCUGGGCCACCCCUACUUCUACCGGCGCCACGCCAGCCGCCGGCGGGGCGCCCUGCUGGGCGGCGCGGCCGCGGCGCUCUGCGCGCUCUUCUGCGCCCUGCCGCUGCUGGGCUUCGGCGCCACCGUGCAGUACUGCCCGGGCUCGUGGUGCUUCAUCCGCAUGGCCGGCGACGGGCGGGCCUACUCGGUGCUCUACGCCAGCCUGCUGGGCCUGCUGGUGCUGGCCGUCGGCCUCUGCAACCUGGCCACCAUGAGGAGCCUCUGCCGCAUGGCGCGCCGCCAGCCGCCCCGCAGCGCCGCGCCCACGCCCGGCCCCGGGCCGGCCGGAGCGGGCCGCAUGGAGGAGCUCGGGCACCUCACGCUGCUGGCCCUCAUGACCGUCCUCUUCACCGUCUGCUCCCUGCCGGUGAUCAUCCGUGCUUACAUUGGAGCGUUUGCGCCUGAUUACGACGAGAAUGCUGACCUCACCGCUCUCCGUUUUUUUUCCGUGAACUCCAUUGUUGACCCUUGGGUCUUCAUCAUCUUCCGGACUUCUGUGUUUCGCACCUGCCUCCACCGGGUUUCUAGAAGGCUGAGUUCUAAGAAAGCCCCACAUUCUUAUCUUCUGGAAACAUCAACACGGAAGGAUUCUGGACCGCUGCAAUGAGAGCUUGGCUCGCUGCCGUUUUCUGGAGGUGGGGCUGAUGUGGUUGGAUUCCCGUCUAUGAAUAUGACGGGUCUAAGGAACUGUCCGAAGUGGAGUGAGCAAAUGCUUGCCGUAGCCAAGGGAAGAGGCCAAGAUGUCUCAUGGGUUGUGAUCACAUCCAGCGUCUAUGGAAUAUACUCCUCUUAUGCGGAAUCUGGUACUUUUUGAGAAUUCCAGGGAUUAGUAACCAAAGAGUUUUUCUGUACCAAUUUGCCAAAGUUCAUAUCUGAUCUGCAUUCUUGAACUGAUGUAGCCCAGUCCUACAAAUACAUCCACCAGAGUUACUGUCCCUCACCACAUAGUUUUACAAGCUUAUUCAUUGCUUCAGAUGAAAGAUAAAUCCCUUCCACUGUGCUAAGAUUUCUCUGCCUGGUUGUCUGGAGCGGAUUCCUUACUCACCGUAGGCGAAUGAAGAAGUGGUUGUUUGUUGACCCAAUGGAGCCAACUUAGGCCCCAUGUAAACUGCGCUGGCUUGAAGGGCAAAUUUCCCCCAUAUACCUUUGGACCUUACAAUACUGUGUGCCUCGAGAAAUCCUACAUGAAACCAGGAGUAACUCUGAUUGUUACACGACUUCUUCGCAAGCCACAAAUCGACUCCGAGAAGUGUGUACGGGCCGGCCAGCCAGUAAAUACCUUGGUGGUGCUUUAACUUUUGUGGCUUUACUAGCAAGUCUAAGGUAUAAAUCAUGAGGAAAGGAAAUAAACCAAGAUGAAAUAAACCAGAACAGCGGAGUCUAUUAGGGCCAGAUCAGACAAGAUGCUAGGAGAUCACGGCCUUCCCAGCGUUUUAAAAUGCAAGUGGAAGAUACAGGGAGGGGAUUCGAAUUGGGGGCUGAGUACAAAAGUUCUUUCUCACCCACUGUUAUUCACUAAAUGAAAUCUCGCUCUUUUCCUGCCCCUUCUAAUAUUAAUAAUAGUUGGUGUGGGGGAGGUCAGUUUUGAUCAGCAAAAGUGUAGGGGUAAGAAGGAUGAAACCUUUGCUGUCUACAUGCCACAGAUCUUACCUAUCAAUUUACUUUUACAACACACAGGGACGAUCCAGUAAUGGGUCUCAAUUGUUGGCAGAAAAGCGGGCUUAUAAAUCUAUUAAGUAAAUACAUGCAAGCCACCCUCUCAUCUCGUUUGGCCUUUACUUCACAUCCAAAUACUGAUUUUUUGUGUGUGUUGUCUUGUCCUGGCGAUGUUAUCUGACCAAACUUCUGUUAAUUUGCCUGGUCCAGUCAUUGUCAAAUGCUAUCAGCUGAGAUCUUAAGCAUUCCGCUCAAGUUUGG